GUAAAGAAAUUGUUCUCACUUCUCCGGUGCUUUCUUCUACUAUCGAGUUUUCCGGGUAGCUGGGAGGAAGUGUAAAUGCAAAACAUACGGUUGUGGUGUGCGUUCUACCACGACACCGUGCAGCUGCUCUAUCCUCCUUGUGGGCCCCUCUCAAAUACAGGAAUAGAAGAAUGAGAAUUCGAAGAACGAACAGGAAGAGAGAAAGAGCAGGGAGCAGAGAAGAACCUCGACGAUCAAAGCUGAGCAGAUCUCCCUUCCGAUGCCCACCGUCGCCGUCAUCCAGGGCCACGCCGCCGCCGCCGGAUUCACCCUGGCGCUGAGCCACGAUUACGUGUUUGUGAGGAGCGACAGAGGGGUUUUGUACAUGAGCGAGGUCGAUUUGGGGCUUCCUUUCCCUGACUAUUUCUCGGUGCUGUUCCGGGCGAAGUUUGGUUCCGUCGCCGCCCGGAAAUUGAUUCCUUACACGAAGGAACCAAUCAAUCCUGUUGACUGAAGAAGAAGUCACAGGCAGCAGCAAAUGAAGAAUCCGAGAGCAA